AUGCUGGAACGAGCGCAUAUCACGCGCCUUCUCUCUCUCUGCCCAAUGGCUCGCUCGUCUUUCGCUACUGUCACUCCUCCUCCUUCCGAUCCGGAAUCUACCGCGAAUUCCGCUGAAAUCCCCGCUGACACAAGCGCAACCGCUGGUGGGGUAGAAUGUGACAGUGUGACACGUGGCUGUGACGAGCGCGGCCGGCAACGGCUGACCGUAGAUCUUCUGGACAUGGACGACGCAGAUCUGCUGGCGGUGCUGCCGAGCUGCCUGGCGUUCGUCGAGGAGAGCGUGAGAUGCGGGGAGAAGGUGCUCGUGCACUGCCACGCUGGCGUGUCGCGAAGCGCAGCAGUGGUGACCUCGUAUCUCAUGAAACGGCACAGAUCAACUGCUGAGGAUGCCCUCCGUCUGUUGCAGUCUAAGCACCCCCUUGCAUGCCCCAACAACGGCUUUAUGCAUCAGUGGACGGUUGACCCCCACCACUCUGACUAUUCCCGCUUCAAGCUGCGCCUCAUGGCUCGCCGUAUCACCGGCUCACUGCACCAGGGCGUGCCGUUUGAGGCUGGUAACGGAGCUGCUAGUAACGGGGCUGCUAGUAACGGGGAUGUUAGUAGCGGGGAUGCUCAGUUACGGGCUGGAGUGGGGCAAGAGGGGGAGGUAGGAACAGCAGGAGCAGCAGCAGCAGGGGGCGCAGCAGCAGCAGGGGGAGAAGGAGGAGCAGGGGCAGAAGGAGGAGCAAGAGUAGCAGGAGGAGCGGGAGCAGCAGGGGCAGCAGGGGCAGCAGGGGCAUCAAGGGAAGCAGCGGGGGUUCCAGAGGUGUAUCGCUGCCGAAAGUGCCGGCAGGUGGUGGCAGCAGCAGCCAAUGUGCUCCCUCAUGCCCCCAAACCACCUGCCAGCACCACUGACGCUGCAAGUGCUGCUGCUGCUGCUGCUGCUGCUGGUGGUGCUGCUGACGGUGCUGCUGCUGCUGGGACUGGUGGGGGAGGGGGAGGAGGGGUUAGGUUUCGUGGGAAGGGCAAGGAUUGGGGGAGUGGUGCGGAGAGGGGAUGCACGUCUGUGUUUGUGGAGCCACUCAAAUGGAUGGGCGACGGUGAGCAUGGGUGGGAAGCGGUGAAGGUGAACGAGAUUGAUGCACCAAGUUUGGCUCUUCCCCCUUCCUUUCACCCUUUUCAACCUUUGUUUUCCACUCGGUUUUGGCUGCUGUAA